AUUUCCUUCCCGCCCUUUUGCUUCCCGCCCUAUUUCUUGGGGCUUGGGCAGACGAUGUCAUGUUAUUCGCAAUUGCUUGAAUUGAAUACUGGCUACGUACGAUGACGUUCGAGUCGAUGUGCUGUGUGAGGGAAAUAGACUCAUUGAGGGUCUGAAACAUACCUAUAUAACCCCCGAGUCCGCUUCACCUUUACUUCCCUCCAUCGUUCCUUCUAUCUGCAGGAUAGUUCGCUUACCACUCACUUCCUCUAUCUUCCUCUACUCUAAUCUUACAGUCACUGUACUGUUCAAGUCAACAAGCCUGCGUUUUCGCCCGCGCUAAUCUCGACCUGCAGCACACUCUACCUCACACUACUGUAACCGAGUUACCAGGGACUCAUCAUGCCCGUCAUCUCACGUCUCAUUUCCAUCGUCUUCCGUGUGGUGGAAGUCAUUUGCGCUGCAGUGUUUGCCGGUAUCAUCGGACACUACCUGCACCAGUAUGAUGGCGAUGCCUGGCCGGUCGCCAGGUGGAUCUAUACCGAAGUCAUAGCCGGCUUGUCGAUACUGCUGGGCCUGAUAUGGCUGAUCCCGUUCUCAUCGGGCUUCUUCUCGUGGCCAUUCGAUGUCAUCAUCUCCUUCGCCUGGUUCGCUGCGUUCGGAAUAUUGGUCGAUGCAAUUCACAAGCUGAACUGCGGAUCUAUCUGGUACUGGGGCGGCAUCAUCCACAACAACUCGUGUGGCCGGUGGAAGGCGGCCGAAGCGUUCAGUUUCAUCUCUGCCAUCGUCUGGCUGGCGUCGGCGCUUCUGGGCAUCUGGUUUACCUUCCGUGUCCGUGACUCGUCUGCUCCCCGAAACAACCGUCGCCGCUUUGGCCGCUCUGCUGUCUAGAUGGACAGUUAGUUGACCGCGCUGUUCAUCUGUGCGACCAGACGGACUAAUCCUUCCAUGCUUGUCGUGCACUAAUCAUGCACGAUGUCGUCGAUCAAUGUUCACCCAUUAUGAUGUGGCACGCAUUGUCACGGCACGACUUAAUGAGAUUUCUUUUAACUAAAAUUCUGAUACCCGGUUGGCGUGCUAAUGCUUGAUGAAGGGAUGCUGAUAUGGCCUUCGUUGUUUGCUUUGUGAUUUGCUAUGAUAUUGUUCUAAUAUGAUGCUAUUUCUCAACUGAAGGAAUGUCUAUGCUGUAGGGAUAGGUUUCACCUAGAGAGGUGUUUCACAUUUUGAUCCUGGGGUCCGAGGUUCAGUGUCAGCAGGAUUCUCCUCACCGACCGAGUCGCAGACUGCUGUUUAAGAUUAUAAAAUAUGGUAAGAUUCAAAAUAGGCAUGUUGUGUUCUUAAAGGGAUAGAGAAUUAUCUGAAUGUAUAGAAGCUGCUAGUCAAAAUU